AUGGGUCCAACAACUGAUAUCGUUUUCAGUCCUUCUCCAACAUGCUUCUACUUCCAUCCCUCACUAACACUAUACUUCGACGACGACGGUGACGGCAAGAUUUCGGCGUCUGAGCAAAGGAAGCGUUUGGGUGGCGAGGUUCUGUUGAAGGAAGCGGAGAUGGCGAUUGAGGCCUUGGAUUCCGACGGUGACGGGUUGCUGUGUUUGGAGGAUUUGGUGAAGCUCAUGGAGGAAGUGGGAGAGGAAGACAAGUUGAAGGACUUAAGGGAAGCCUUUGAUUUGUACGACACUGAACGUUCUGGCUUCAUCACGCCCAAGGCCUUGAAGAGGAUGCUCCACAAAUUAGGGGAGUCCAAGUCCACCAAAGAGUGCAAAGCCAUGAUUAGUGCCUUUGAUUUGAACGGGGAUGGCAUGCUUAGCUUUCAAGAAUUCACAAUUAUGAUGAACUGA